GGUUCCCUGGGCAACCGCUCAACAGAUCCGAGGGUUCCCGGAGGCGGCUGUCGCCCACCAGUGGAGUCCGCUGGGGUCCGUUGCGGCCAGUAUUUUUUAUUAUGACUUUUCAAGAGAAGAUAGAAGAACAUCCUUUUGUGGAUAUAUUUAAUGAAGAUGAAGCUGAAAAACACUUUAUGUUAUCUAAACCUGUUUGCUUUGUUGUAUUUGGGAAACCAGGUGUUGGGAAGACAACAUUAGCCCGUCAAAUAGCACAUGAAUGGAAAUGUAUUCGUGUAGAAGCUCUAACAAUUUUGGAAGAACAUAUUGCCAAUGAAACCGAAGCAGGGGUUAUGUUGCAAUCGAUGCUGAUGAGUGGUCAAAGCAUUCCAGAUGAACUUGUCAUAAAGCUAAUGUUGGAGAAGCUCAACUCCCUAGAAAUCUCUCACUUUGGUUAUAUUAUCACUGAACUACCAACACUUCCACAGGAUGCCAUGACUACUUUGCAGCAAAUAACCUUAAUUAAAAAUCUAGAUUUGAAGCCUGAUAUUAUAAUCAAUAUUAAGUGCCCUGACUAUGAUUUAUGCCAAAAAGUUUCUGGGCAAAGGCAGCACAGUACUACCGGGUACAUUUACACAAGAGAGCAGUGGGAUCCGGAAGUCAUUGAGAAUCGAAGGAAAAAAAAGAAAGACGCCCAUAAAGAAGGAAGAGGAGAAGAGGAAGGGGAAGAAGAGGAAGAGCAAGAAGAAGAGGAGGCAUUUAUUGCCGAAAUGCAGGUGGUGGCUGAAAUUCUUCAACAUUUAGUUCAGAGGCCAGAGGAUUAUAUGGAAAAUAUUGAGAACAUCAUUAAACUUUAUAAGGAUAUGAUUCUUCAUGCUUUAGAAGAAAUAAUGGCUGAACACAAUCCCCAGUAUUUCAUUGAGCUUGAUGGAAAUAAGCCCCCAGAGGACCUCUUUAAUACGGUCAUAGAGCGACUUAAAUAUCUGAACCUAAGAAGAGCAGCUGUUUUAACUAAACUUCAGAGUGCAGAAGAAGAACUGAAUGAUGCAAUGGACAAUGAUGAGCUGUUUCGUACUCUUGCAUCUUAUAAACUUAUUGCACCAAGAUAUAGAUGGCAGAGAAGCAGAUGGGGACGCUCAUGUCCUGUGACUUUAAAAGAAGGUAACAUUUAUCCAGGAAUGGCUGACCUUUCUGUAAGUUUUCUAGGUAAAAUGUACUGUCUGGCAUCAGAAGAAACAUUAAGAGCAUUUUUAUUGAACCCACGCCCCUAUCUUCUUCCACCAAUGCCUGCACCACCAUUCAAAGUAUUUGUAUUUGGACCUCCAUCUUCAGGGAAAACAACACUUUGCAAUUUGCUUGCAGAACAUUACAAAGGAAAGGUAGUUGACUAUGCCAAACUUGUUCAGCCACGUUUUGAUAAAGCCCUUGAUAUGUUAAAAAAGAAUACUAUAGCUGAGGCCACUCAAGAAGCUAUUAAGACUGUGAGAGAACGGCUUCUCACAGAAGCAGAAAAUAAAAAACAAGCUUUAAAAGACAAGGAAAGAGAACUUAAAAUGAAGGAGUAUAGUAAAGGCUUCGAAGAGGCACGCUCUUCACUUGAUGUCGAUGGGCUCAUUCCGGAAUCCCAAAGAGCAAGCACUGUAGAGGACAAUGAAGAAGUCAAAAUGAAGUUGGAUAGUGAUCCAACUGUUAAAACUGAUCAAGAUGAGUGCAGCUUAGAGCCAGGCUGCGUUAGGUUGUUUUUUUUUUUAACUUUUUUUUGUUAUUGUUCUUUCGGUUUGAACAAUGUUUUACUCACAGAUGAAAGAGAACCUAGUGAACCACCUGUAAUUAAAAUGAGUUUACAAGACAGUCAAGAUCUAAACUUGGAUUUUAAAAAAGACUCAACAGAAGAGGUAACUGCAGAUCACCCAGAGGUUCUUUCUGUAAUAAAUGAGUUGUCGAAAAUGACAAAGGAUAUGAACUUUGAACAUCCAUAUGAAAAGUAUGCUGAAAUCUUAGAGGAAGUCCUGGAAGAGGUAGUUGAACAAACCAAGAACAGGUUUUCUGGUGCCCCCAAAUCUGGAGGAUGGAUAGUGGACAACUGCCCUGUUACAAAAGAACUGUGGACAACCUUAGUGGAGAAAGGAAUUACACCAGAUUUAGUAAUCUAUUUGUCAGAUACAGAAACCAACGGAAAAUAUUUACUUAAUAGAUUGUAUUUCAAGAAUAAAGCUGAAAUUGAUGCUAAGAUAUUCGAGAGAUUACUAGAUGAAGUAAGAAAGAAAAAAAGAGAGGAAGAAGCAUUAAGAAAAAUCAAAGAAGAGGCAUUGAGAAUAGAAGAAGAAAAUCAAAAGCUAUUGGCAGCUCUGAAUGUGAAAACAAAAGGGGUCGACGACGCUGACCUUGAGGCUUAUGGGGAUAUUGAAGGUGAGGAGAAUGACAUUCCUGAAGUGUCUGAGGCCCUUGAGGAGACCGGGGGGCUCUUAGCCGAGGAGCCUGAAGCUUCUGAGGUUCCGGAACCAGAACCUGAAUCAGAGUCUACUGAGGAAACUACAGUUGGAACAGAAAUUCCAAAAGAAUCCAGAGAGGGUCUGGAAAUUACAUUAUCUCAAACAGAAAUUGUACUACCUGAGUUUCCUGAAGACGCUUAUCCUGACGUUCCUGAGAUGGAACUACUUAAAGACGAGAUGAAAAAUUACGAGGCCAACUGGAAAAAUCUGGAAUUAAUCAUCAAUGACUCUUUCUUUCCAAUUUUCAAGUUGGAGAUUGCUGGCCAGACUCCAGAGGAGCUAUUUCAGAAAGCCGUGGAGACUAUGGAAAAACCUUUUCAGUAUGUUGCAUGGGAGUUCAAUAUAGAAGAUUAUGAGGAAGAAACAGAAGACCUCCAGGCCGAAGCGGAGGUUGAUGAGGAGCUAGAAGAGGAGGAGGAGGAGGAGGAAGAGAAUGAAGACAGAAUGAAAGAGAAGAAAAGACAUUUGGGAGACACCAAGCACUUUUGUCCAGUAGUUCUCAAAGAAAACUUCGUCCUACAACCAGGCAACACAGAGGAAGCAGCUAAGUAUCGAGAAAAGGUCUACUACUUUUCAAGUCCCGAGGCUAGAGAAAAAUUUAUGGAGCAUCCUCAGGAGUACGUGGCUCACAAUGAACCAUUAAAGGCUCCUCCAUUAAGAAUAUGCCUUCUGGGUCCCCAUGGCUCUGGCAAAACUAUCUGCGGAAGACAGUUAGCAGAAAGCUUGGGCAUCUUUCACAUUCAGUUUGAAGAAUUUCUACAGGAAAAAAUGAUGCUCAAAACUGAAAAGAAAGUUGGACCUGAAUUUGAAGAAGAGGCUGAGGAAGAACAACUUGCAAAACAAGAACUUGAAGAGCUUGCAAUUGAGGCCAAUGUCACACUUGAGAAAGAAUAUGCAAAUAAGCCGACUCCAGAAGUGCAAUUUACAGAAGAAGAAGAAGCAAUCAGAUUAUAUUUAAUGGAAAAUGAACCAUUGCCUCCCGAAAUUCUAGAAAACAUUCUUUCUGAGUGGUGGCAUAAAGAACCAAUACGUUCCACAGGUUUUAUAUUAGAGGGUUUCCCACGAUAUCCUGAUGAGGCCCAGCUUCUAGGGGAACAUGGAUUUUUCCCAGAUGCUGCUUUUUUAAUACAAGUUGAUGAUCAAGAUGUUUGUGAUCGGCUCCUGCCUCCCCAAAUUGAAAAGUGGAAACUGAAACAGAAGAAGAAAUUAGAAAGGAAAAUGCUCAUUAAAGAAAUGAAGGCAAAAAUCAGGGAUGAUAUGAUUGCUAAAAGAAGGGCUGAACUUAUAGCAGAGAAAGAGAAAAGAAGGAAAGAGGAGCUUGCUAGAGAAGAUGAAGAAAUGAGUGACGAAGAGACAGAAGAUGAUGAUGAUAUUGACAAUAUCCUUGAGGAAGAAUUUCCAAAAGAGGAGGAAGUGAUGAGCGAGGAAGAAGAAGAACCGGAAGCCGAUGCGAUUGAACGCCUGAGAGGUGACCUGUUAGACAAAUUUGAAACAGAUACGCGUUAUUUGCAAGGAAUACAGGAUGAAUUUGAAAAGUCUUUGAUACCAGUAAUUGUCAUUAAUGGAGCUCGGAAAAUCCACAUUGUACAAUAUUUAUUGAAUAAAAAACUGAAACCACUGGUGGAAAAUCGGGCAAGCAUUUUUGAGAAGUGUUAUCCAAUAUCAUCACGCCUUGCCCAGAAACUGCUCAGCUUUACCUAUAAAUAUAUUAGCACAUUCGGCUACUGGGACCCUGUAAAGCUAAGUGAAGGAGAGACACUCAAGUCAAUUGAAAGUCCAGAUAAUCCAUUUUAUCCUGUAAUCCAUCGUCAGUAUAUUUACUUUUUAUCUAAUAAGGAAACUAAAGAAAAAUUUAUGAAGAACCCAAUCAAAUAUAUUCGCCAACCCAAACCUAAGCCUAAUAUGCCCAUUAAGAUCGCAAUUGUGGGACCUCCAAAAUCUGGGAAAACUACAGUUGCCAAAAAAAUUUCAAGUGAAUAUGGCAUAAAGCGUUUGUCAGUAGGAGACGCUUUGCGUUCCGUGUUAAGCAACCAACCAGACACAGAGCUGGCACUUAUGUUAAAUUGGCAUCUUCAUAAAGGAUUGACAGUACCUGAUUCACUGGCUAUUCAAGCCUUAGAAGUAUCUAUGAUGCACAGUGCAUGUAAUACCGCAGGUGUUAUCAUCGAUGGAUAUCCAGUAACCAAGUAUCAAGUGAGUCUUUUGGAGGCCGAGUCAAUCAUUCCCAUGAUCAUCUUUGAGUUGGAUGUACCUUCCAAGGAGAUUUUCAAAAGAUUGCUCCUGGAAAAAAAAAAGGAACAAAGUUUGCCUUAUCCAUUACACAAUAGCUCACAGAUUAUAGCUGUCAAGAAGUCCAAGUACCACAAAAAUAUUGUUGAGAUUAGGCAAUAUUACCAAGAACAACAUCAGAACUGGUAUGUGAUUGAUGGUUUUCACAGCAAAUGGUGGGUAUGGAAUGAAGUCAUUACGAAUGUUAAAAUGGUGAAUGGAUACAUGCAGACAUACCUGGAAAGAAUAAAAGAAGGGAAAGCUGCCUGCAUUGACAAGUUAUGCAUCACACCUCAGGAACUGAUUUCUCGCCUGGGCGAGUUUGGACAGUUCUGCCCGGUCAGCCUGGCAGAAUCAUAUGAGCUAGUUGAUUGCUCAGAAAUGGAGAGCUUGGAAUUUGCCGCAGAAUUCAGAGGGCAUUAUUAUAAAAUGGGUUCUCAGGAAAAACUGAAUAAAUUUUUGGAGAACCCAACAUUAUAUGUGCCUCCAUUAGCACCUCAUCCACUCCCAUCUGCCGACAUGAUCCCCAAGAGGCUGACCCUGUCAGAGCUGAAGAAGCGGUUCCCUAAGUGUGCUGAGCUCCACGGCUACUGUCCUGUGACCUAUCAGGAUGGAAACCAAAGAUAUGAAGCCCUAGUACCUGGGAACAUUAAGUAUGCCAUAGAAUAUCGUGAUCGUAUAUACAUUUGUGAGAAUAGUGAAAAACUUGAGAAAUUUUUGAGAACGCCACUGAAAUACUGGAAUCAGAAGCUUCCAUACAAACUUCCUCCAUUAAAGGAACCAAUACAUCUCACUAGUCUUCCUUUGCCUGGAUAUCUGGAACAGGGUAUCGCAACUUCUCUAAUUAAAGCAAUGAAUGCAGUAGGAUGCUUAAAACCCAAAUUUCCUUUCUUAAGUAUAAAGAAAUCCGCGCUACUCUAUAUAGCAUUUCAUCUAAAAGCCUUUAAUCCCAAAGGUUCUGAAUAUACAAGAAAAAAGUAUAAGAAGAAGAUGGAGCAGUUUAUAGAGAGAUGUGAACUCAUUACAUACCUGAGUGCCCACAUGACCAGAAAAUACAAGGAACCUCAGUUUAGAGCCAUUGACUUUGAUCAUAAAUUACAGACCUUUCUCUCUCUCAGAAAUAUAGACCCAGUUAAAGAAUAGUUUGGUUGGGUGACUGCAGCCAGCAUCUCAAGAGUUAUCUGAAAGGCAUAGAGGGAAAUCAAUUGAAAAUCUGGCCUCUAAUGAACUUCUCCCUCCUGAGUGAGACACCGUGGCUGCCAGACCCCAAAUAGACUCAAAGCUCUGCCAUUCAGGAAGGAGUGCUCUUCUGUAAGCAUAAGUUUUAAUACCAUUUUAAAGUUUAUUGCUCUUGGUCUGAAAUUUGAUGCUUUAACAAAAUGGUUAUUCCAUUUAGAAUAUUCUGGUAAUUCAUUUUACUUAAUAAAUCUGUUGUUCAUUUUCCUUUUUAACACUUGCAGUUAAAAAGUCAGUCUCUGUUAAAGAAAGUUACUCAGUAAAUGUUAGAAAGCUUCAAGAAACAAAAUUAACAUUGAUAUCAAUAAAAUAGAAAUGUUGGUUACACUUUUGAAAUAAGUUGUUUUAUGAACAUAAGAUGCUUUAUCAUAUUCCCAACAAAAAUAAAUGGCUUUUGAGAUAACUAAAUGGCUGCCUCUGUUUUUUUCUUUAAGUAUUCAAGAAGGCAUGCUUUA